UCUUAUAAGAAGACGUGGGUUUGAAUUGCUCACUCAUCCUAGUUAUGCAGUUGAAACUCUCCACCCUCGCAUCAGUCGUCGCUCUCGCAGCCAGUGCGCAAGCAGCCAUUGUUGGAACAUACUAUUGCUCUCAAGCAAAUUUCUAUGGCCCGUGUGUUUAUACGUCCGCUGAGACUGGGACCUGCAUCACUUUCUCGACGGGGGGGUUCUGGAACAAGGCUAUUGCGUCUAUGCGCCCAGAUACUGGUGUGGCCUGCACCCUGUACAAUGGGGUGAACUGUACCGGGGCGACCUUUGUGGUCAAUUCACAGCUCGGUACAAUUAACUGGGCCAAUAAAGCCAGUUCCUAUAGCUGCGCUUAGGCUAUACGAUAAAGAAGAUCUGAGUGACGAUAUAUGAUAGACUCCCACUUUUAUUGCAUUUCAAGUGUGUGCCGGAGAGCGUGGAGAGGUUUGAAGCCUUCUGGUUUGCGUCAGAGAGCCUAUUGUCACCAAUACAUGUUUUGUUGUCAUCAAAGGUCGAUCCUAUGCGAAGAAAACUGUUAACCAAGA